AUAAGCAAAGCCUCCAUCCUCCACCUUCUCAGCGAAAAGGCCGAAGAACUCCUCCGCCAUCCCCACAUCUUCAUCACCCAAGCCAUCCUGAAAGCAUACGUGGACCUGCAGUCCCUCCUCCACCAACCGGGCAGUUUCCCCGCCAUCUUCGACUUGUACGCUCGGAAACCACUUCCACGCCAAGCCAGCGGUAGUGGCAAUGCUGCCGAAGUGACAUACGUCGCCCCCAACCCUCACAAGAUCAGCGCCGCCAUCGACUCUGCAACAGCAAGCAAAGCACUCGACACGGCAAUCCAGGCGCAUAAUCUAAGUCUAGCGCUGGAUAUCAUCGAAACAACCUUCUCAACCAAAGCCUUCCAACGCAACAAAACCCUCCGCCACACUCUCGUCCCGGGCCUCGCCGCCCUCGCCCUACCAGCAGCAGCCUACACCCUCUCCACCCAAUACGCCUCUUGGCAAACAGCCCUCGAUCCCUCCCAAGCAACCACCAUCGCAUUCGCCGGCAUACUCACUUAUGUAGCAAGCGUAAGCAGUAUCGGAUACGUGGCUUUGACGACGGCGAACGACCAGAUGGAUCGCAUGACGUGGGCGCAGGGUGUUCCGUUGUGGGAACGCUGGGUGCGGGAGGAGGAGAGGGCGGCUGUGGAUCGGGUGGCGGGGGAGUGGGGGUUUGAGGAUCGCGAGAGGAGGGGCGAGGAGGAGGGCAGUGAGUGGGAGGGGUUGAGGGGGUGGGUGGGGGUUAGGGGCAUGGUGCUUGAUCGGGUGGAGUUGAUGGAGGGGAUGGAGUGA